AUGGCUCCAUCCACAUCUUCCAAAGCCAGAUCCGAGAGCAAUGCGACUGUUAUCUCCUCAGUCACCGCAACCACUGCGACCAAAGGCGCAGCUCUCAAGUCAUUGCCCUCACCGAAAGACCUGUCACAUCUUUUCUCAAUAAUCACAAGAAAUCGGGAUCAGAGCGAGAUCAAAGCUUUUUACAAGUUUAUGCAAAUUCCUGGCAUUAGCAAUUUUGCUGGAGGAAUGCCAAACGCCCAGUAUUUCCCAUUCGAGACUCUAGAAGCUCAAAUAUCAAAGCCAGACAGAUGGCAACCCACAGCCAACUACCCAGAGCAGGUAGAGGAACCAGCACCAGAGCCUGCGCCACCUGCGCCUACGUCCGGUCUUCAUGGUUUUAUUAGCCAUAUCAACAAGAAGGGCAAAAACAUCAUUCACAAAGACAACAACAAAGAAGCCGACUCCCAUAAGAAACCCACACGCAUCAUAAUCCCCAAGUUUGUCAAUGAGACAGAUCCCACCAAGAGGGUCGAUCUCACCACCGCCCUUCAAUAUGGGCAGGUCACCGGCUACCCACCUCUGCUCUCCUUCAUCAAGCAGUUCACAAACAAGGUUCUCUAUCCAGACAUUCCAUACAAGGGAGGAGUGGACGUGAUUCUCAACAAUGGAAGCACGGAUGGAUUCUCAAAGGUCCUCCAACUUCUGGUUGAUCCCUGGUACGAGGGACUACACCCCACGAGCGAGAGACAAGGCAUGCUCUGCGAGACAUUUGUCUUUGGAAACAUCAUCACUCAAGUCAAGCCACUCGGUAUCAACAUUGUACCUAUUGAGAUUGAUGACCAGGGCAUGGUUGUUGAAGGCCCUGGUGGUCUACGAGAGGUGCUUGAGAACUGGGAUCCUGAGAAUGGUCUAUUGCCACACUUCCUCUACACAGUAACAAUGGGAGACAACCCCUCAAGCGGUGUUGUUGGAAUCAGGAGAAGAAGAGAGAUUUACGCUCUGGCAAGCAAGUUCGAUAUCAUCAUCGUCGAGGAUGAUCCUUAUUGGUUUCUCCAAUUCCCUUCUGCCGCCCUUCACGAAGCCAAGGCACGAGGCUAUGGCAAGCCUCAGGACACCCAGGCACCCAAGCCGGCCAUCAAAUCCGGCUAUGAGUUCAUCGAUUCGCUCGCUCGCUCUUAUCUAAGCAUGGAUAUCGACGGCCGAGUCAUUCGCCUGGACACCUUCUCAAAGACAAUCGCCCCUGGUGCUCGGCUGGGUUACAUUACUGCCCAACCUGCAAUCAUUGAACGUCUUACAAGGAUUGCCGAGACGGGCGCCGGCCAACCUUCUGGCUUCGUCCAAGCACUUGUCGCUCAGACUCUCCUUGGCCCUCAAUCCUCUACCCUCCAAAAAUUCUUCUAUCUCCCACAAUCCAAGAAGCCCACAUUUACGGGCUGGAAGCUCGAUGGCUGGGUGAGAUGGUUGGAAGGCCUUCGUGGAGAGUAUGAGCGCCGCAUGAUACGCAUGUGCAAGACCCUCGAAGAGAACGCCUUCCAGUUGAACAGUUCUACACCCAGCAGUCCUGACUCCGACUGGAACAUCAUCACAAAAACGAGACUGAUGGAUUUCGACUGGCCUCGUGGAGGUAUGUUCUUGUGGGUACGAGUACACUUCGAGAAGCACCCUCUCUACCAAGCCAAGGUGGGCCGCAAAUCACUGCCAACCAUCGACGGCCCUGCCCUUUCAAAGGCAUUCCUCAUCCACAGCACCAGAGCACCUCAUCUGGUGCUAGGAAGCCCUGGUACCAUGUUCAGUGCUACACCACAGGUCCGGGAUGAGCGUGGCUGGCGGUAUGUGCGAUUGUGUUUCGCAGCUGAGAGUGACGAAAACAUCGAUGCUGGUUCAUUGAGGUUUACAAAGGCUGUGCAAACCUUUUUUGAGAUUCAGGAAAUCUCGGAAAUUCAGGAACUUCUUGAGGAAUUACACGGUUAA